AUGACGUUCAUUCAAGGGCUCGACAUAUUCCUUUGUGGUGUGCAUGAAGCAUGCGACCUGAUUGAAACUGCUGAGCGGAGGCGUGAUCUCCACAUCUCCACUGCGUUUCCGACCAAGUUUAAGAUCAAGGCGUCCGCAGAAGGUCUUGAGAGUUCUGAGUUGCUAUCGUGGUGCUGUAGGGAUGCAUCGCCAAUGCCUUUGCAUCUGAAGGCCGCCGUCGUAAGACGUCGUCUGUCUUCGGCUGACGAUCCCAUUUGUAACUUGGAAUGGAUACGUCAUCAGUGGCAAAAAUGGUAUGAGAAGAACAUCGCCAAAGCUGCAGAGAAAGAUUUUGUGUAUAGAAACAAAACUGAAGAAGAAAAGGAUGAACUGGACGUGAUGGAAUUCUUCUCUGAGGGGGAACAGGAGCACGAAGUUCUAACGGACGAGAUUUUGGGAUCACUUCUUGAGGCAGCUCAACCAAAAGCUGCAUCCGUAAAAUCUCCAGACAUCCAACGUGCAAAGGAUUCUAACUAUGUCCUCGCCCUUCUAUGGCUUCGCCAUGUUUUAGCUGGUGUGCGACACUUUGAUAGCGAACUUCAUUCGUCUAUUAUUGAUUCUGACCUGUCGUUGCUCGAAGAUCUAGUAGCCAAGGUUGUGACGGAUUCUGAUACCGUACUAGAUGUCUAUCGAUCAGCUUCACUUGCUCAAUUCCGUCGUGCAGCUGAAAUUC